GCUGUUAGCCUCCAGCGCCACUGACAGCCCGAGCGAAGCAACCGACGGAGGCGCGUGACGGAGCGGACUCUGCGGUCAUUAACCCGCUUCCGUGUGCGGUUCGUAUCACACCGGGCCGUCCCACGUCUGGAGGCGGGGGUGUUGCGGUGCAGCCACGUGUACAGGAACUGGAGCCCGACAGCCCGGACUGGAUCCACGUUAGCUCGCCCCCGGUACCUGAACACCGCAGCUAGCCGUCUGCUCCUCCGCCCACAGUCGGGUCGACUUUUCCCGCAGUGUCGCUGUCAGUCACCGGGUUCGACAGGUCGGUUGUUUUUUUAUUCCACACAAUCAUGGCCGUUUGGAAGGAACUGCGGUGCAGAAACAUCAUGGCUGCAUCUCUGCUCCUCUGUAUUCUUCUCCACGCCAUGGACGUGCAUGCACGACCAGCCAACAUGUCAGCCGCUAAAGACAAGUCUCCGCCCAACAAGGACGAGAACGAGAUCCUUCCCCCGGACCACCUGAACGGGGUGAAGAUGGAGCUGGACGGCCAGCUCAAUAAGGACUUCCAUCAGGAGGUGUUCCUGGGCAGAGACAUGGAGGAGUUCGACGAGGACUCUGAGCCAAGGAGAAACAGGAAGAAGCUUAUUGACAUUUUCACCAAAGUUGAUUUCAACCAGGAUAGAAGUGUCAGCGCCAAGGAGAUGCAGCGCUGGAUCAUGGAGAAGACGGAUGAGCACUUUCAGGAGGCAACGAAGGAGAACAAGAACAGUUUCCACGCUGUCGACCCGGACGGUGACGGUCACGUGACAUGGGAUGAAUACCGAAUCAAAUUUCUGGCCAGCAAAGGAUUCAAUGAAAAAGAAAUUGCCGAGAAGAUAAAGAAUAAUGAAGAUUUGAAACUGGAUGAGGAAACUCAGGAGGUUUUGGAAAGCCUGAAGGAUCGCUGGUUUCAGGCCGACAGCCCUCCGGCCGAUCAGCUGCUGAACGAGCAGGAGUUCCUGUCCUUCCUCCACCCUGAGCACAGCAGAGGAAUGCUCCAGUACAUGGUCAAAGAGAUUGUUCGGGACUUAGACCAGGACGGUGAUAAGAAACUGACCCUGUCGGAGUUCAUCUCUUUGCCUGUGGGCACCGUGGAGAACCAGCAGGCUCAGGACAUCGACGACGACUGGGUUCGAGAGAGGAAGAAGGAGUUCGAGGAAGUCAUCGAUUCAAACCACGAUGGCAUCGUAACGAUGGAGGAACUGGAGGAGUACAUGGACCCGAUGAAUGAGCACAACGCUCUGAACGAGGCCAAGCAGAUGAUCGCCGUCGCAGAUGAGAAUCAGAAUCAUAAUUUGGAGCUGGACGAGAUCCUCAAGUACAGCGAAUACUUCACGGGCAGCAAGCUCAUGGAUUACGCCAGAAAUGUUCACGAGGAGUUCUGAAGACUCGUCCGUCCUCUGUCUGCUCAGCAAGGCGGGGCGGCAUCCUACAUCUGCUUCAGGGACAGGCCAGUAUCAGGGGCAACCUAAUGAUAGGAUGUUGUAGUGUGCAAUUGUGUGUUUAACGCCGAGCCUCAACGGCCUCUUUCACUGCUGACUCCAGUUAAUACGCCCUUCACCCACUGUCUGCCGCCCAGCAGCGUUAACACGCUCUUCCUGCUGUGUGCCGCACAGCAUCAGCUCCAAAUGAAUUUGUGUUAUAUAGUCUAAUGUGUUUAUAAGAGGAAUUUUAACCCUGAGUAGAUUUUUUUUUUUUUUUCCCGGUGCAGUGGUGAGAGAGACGGUUCAGAGUUCUGUGUGCGGCAGGAUCUGUUGUUUUUAGCUGGUGUGUCUGUAAACAGUGUAAAUAUUCAUGGUCACAUACCAAUGCAAAGGUUGGAAGACGUAAAUAUAAUGCAGCUGAAAGGAACAACCCUGCUAGAGAGACCAUAUAAUUAUAAAGAGUUUAUUUCUCUCACACGCAGAUUAUAUACGCUGUCACUUAAUCUGCCAUCUUCAAGUGGGGGGGGGGUUUCACUGGUUUCCAUAAAAUCCGUCCUUUUUCAGUCAUGAAAAAAAGAGUAUUGUGUAGUAAAAUAUAAAAUAAAUGCCUCAAUAAAAAACUUAAAUUGGCUUAAAUUAAUGAAAGAACAAUUUAAGAUGUGCAGAAUAGAUUAAUAUAUAAGAGCAAUGUGUCUUUUUCAUAGAGGAUGUUAUUCUAAAUAAAGAUAAACGACGCGUCUCAACCUUGUACAAAGGUGAAGCUGAAAUAUCAAACAUACGUUUGCUGCCAUUUUGCCCUUUUGACAUAAUUUGGAAUCAGAGUCUGUUCAGUCUUGAUCGAGGGGCGGGGCCACGGUAGCACUCGACCAAUCACGAGUCAGUCUCAGCUGUCAAUCAUGACAGAAACAUUAGGAUCAGUGUGAAAAUCCUAAAAUAACAGAAACUGUCUUGAAAAAUGAAUCUGACGUAUUCAGACUUUUUAAUUUGGUCCAUUUCCUACCUGCUAGGCGGAGGAGGCGGGGUUUAUGGCAGCAGCCAGCCUACAGGGGGCGAUCAAAUCAUUUCAGCUUAACUUUUCAAGAGUGGUUGUGUUGAUUUUUACUCAGUUUGUGGAUGUGGACUGAUCGAAGGAAAAGCUUGUGGCACCAAUAAGACUCAUGAAGUCUCCAAAAUGGAAACUGUUGUUUACAUAGUGUGUGUCUGUGUGUGUGUGUGUGUGUGCGUGCGUCAGGUCAGAACGUUUCCUGUGGUAAAGGCCUGUUUUGUUUUUAUCGCUACAAACAAUCUGUUUCAGCCUUUAUGACGUUGUCGGUAAAGACGAGUUAAUUUCUUUGACCGGUGUAAUUUGGAUGAGCGGUGUGUUUGAGCAGUGGACGCUGAACUCAGUCUUUGUCUUUGUCAGAUUUUAAAGUUUCCUCUCCAUCAUAUCUUCCAUUUUGAAGGCUCUUGAUUUGUAAUUCCACUUGUACCGUGUUUCUAAAUUCAUGCACAAACAAUGGAAUUACAUUCCUCAGUUCUCGAUGACCCGUGGAAGCCUUUGGAUCCUGCCACAGUCUCGUCUUUCCUCGUCCUCGGUCCUGUUCGGAUUGUAAAUCAACAUUUCAGAUUACAGAAUGUUAACACAGCUUUAUAAAAUGUAUCGCAAACAUACUGUUAAACAAUAAAUAUUUCUUACCAAGUAAA